ACAGCUCCAGCAACAGCAUCUGUUCAGUUUAGCUCUGUGUCUGUAGUGCUCUGAUCCUGUAACCAGCUGGAAGAUGGAAAGCAGCUCUUUAUCGUAUUGUAUUCAUAUUUUAAGCAGGGCUUAAAAGAUUUCCACAGAGGAAGCUAAGGAGGGCACCAGUAUUGCAGUCUGGGAUCCUUAAAAGGACUGAUUCCAAAAAGAGACAGUUUUUUUCUUCUUCUAAAGACACUUGUGUGGAAGCUCUCUUCAUUGCUGAAGCAGAAGAAAACAGCACUCAUAACAGGAGUGAAUCGGCUUGGGGUGGUUCAUUGCAUCAUAAGUGGAACAUAAAGGAAAUUCUUGUAACACUGUUGGAUGAGAAAAAUCCAUUGCCUAUGAAGCGAAAUUAAGUUGAUGCACAAUCUGUACUAGAGCCAUGGGAUGUGGCACUUCUAUGACUCGGAGUCGGGCAAAAAAGUCAGAGAGAGCAAUUAAAGCAGCUAUCCUCAUUCAGAGGUGGUAUCGGUGUUAUAUGGCCCGGCUGGAGAUGAGGCGACAAUACGCUCUUAGCAUCUUUCAGUCAAUUGAAUACGCUGAAGAACAAGCUCAGCUACAGCUGUCCAGUUUUUUUACAUUCAUGCUGGAUCACUUCAUUCAUCUCAAUGAGACUGAUAAAGAAGAGAGGAGUGAAGAUCUUUGUAGUGGUUCAGAUAUACAGUUACUGGAAUAUGAGCAGAUGAUUGAGGUCCCAGACUCCUACCAUGGACCUCGGCUGUCGUUUCCUCUGACUGUUGCUGACACUAAUUCACUUCUUCGUGCUUUCAAGGAUCAACAGCAGCUUCAUGCCCGCUAUGUACUACAGCUGCUACAUGAAACCAAGAAAGUACUUAAACAGUUGCCUAACAUCAUUCACCUGUCGACCUCCUAUUCCAAGGAGAUAACAAUCUGUGGUGAUUUGCAUGGAAAACUAGAUGAUCUUUUGCUGAUCUUCUACAAGAACGGCCUGCCUUCAGAAGAAAACCCUUACCUUUUUAAUGGGGAUUUUGUUGAUAGGGGGAAACAUUCCAUAGAAAUACUUAUCAUCCUGUUUGCUUUUCUUCUGGUCUACCCCAACCAUUUACACUUAAACAGAGGGAACCAUGAAGACUAUAUCAUGAACCUGAGAUAUGGCUUCACAAAAGAAGUUAUGAAUAAGUAUCGGUCCCAUGGCAAAAAAAUUGUAAAUCUUCUGCAAGAUGUUUAUAGCUGGCUUCCCCUGGCCACUGUAAUUGACAGCAAAGUACUAAUCGUACAUGGAGGUAUUUCCGACACUACAGAUUUGGAUUUCCUGAAUUUAUUUAAGAGAAAUAAGAUGAAGUCUGUGCUGAGACCACCAAAAUCAAGCACAGAGAGAAAUUAUGACCUGGAAAGAAGUGACUUUGUAGAGUAUUCUCCUGUAACAAGAGUCAAGAGAUGCCCUUCUAAGCAGGAUAUUGCUGACAGAAGAAUGCCCAGACCAUCAUCUUCAUCUAGCGAUAGAAGACAAUAUACCAGUGAGCUGUUGGAUGUUGGGGAGCACAAGUGGCUACUUCAUGAUGGUGUCAACUCUGGUCCACUCCGAGAGAAACAGUAUCUAGCACACAGAGUUUGUACGCCAAGGGUGCAUCUAGAACUGACAGCAAAGGAAUGGAAACAAGUGGUUGAUAUUCUUUGGAGUGAUCCAAAAAACCAAAAUGGCUGCACACCAAACAAAGUUCGAGGAGGUGGUUGCUAUUUUGGGCCCGACGUUACUGCCAGGCUUCUUAAACGGUAUAAUCUGAAGAUGCUGAUCAGGUCUCAUGAGUGUAAACAAGAAGGUUAUGAGAUCAGUCAUGAUGGGAAGGUUAUCACUAUUUUUUCUGCCUCUAACUACUAUGAAGAUGGCAGCAAUCGUGGUGCUUAUCUUAAACUGAAUCCUGAUUUAAUACCUCGCUUUGUGCAAUAUCAAGUCACUAAAUCCACACGCAAACAGACUCUUCACCAGAGAGUGAGUGUAGUUGAAUGGUCUGCACUGAAGUCAUUACGAGAGAAACUUUACUGCCGGAGAUCGGAACUCAUUGCAGCUUUCCAACAGUAUGACCCAAAUUACACAGGAAGGAUUUCUGCCACUGAAUGGGCCUCAGCAAUGGAAUCUGUUUUACAUCUGGCUCUCCCAUGGAGGACUCUGCGUUCUCGGUUGGUGCAGCUUGCCCCCGAUGGAAGUGUCGAGUAUCUUUCCAGUUUUAAUGAUUUGGAAAUAGAGCCACCUAUAAAAGAGGUACAACCAGCUUUGGUGGAAACCCUCUACCGAUACAGAGCUGAUCUGGAGAUAAUCUUUAACAUCAUUGACAAAGAUCAUUCAGGUCUGAUCUCCAUUGAGGAGUUUCGCCAGACGUGGAAACUCUUUAAUUCUCAUCUCAAGAUCGACAUAGAUGAUGAAUCUAUUGACAACUUAGCUCGCAGCAUUGAUGUCAACAAAGAUGGCAGCAUUGACUUCAAUGAAUUUUUAGAGGCCUUUCAUGUGGUUAAUAAAUUCAAAAACAAGUAGAGCCAGUAAAGAAACAGAAUUUAAUUUGGAGUUUCCUAUCAAGAACUUGCCCAGCUGCCAGUGAUGUUAUGCUGCACUGAGAAACAUAAUGCUGGUGUAAGAAAGAAUGGACUGCUUGUUCUCAUAAAGCUGUAUGGCAGCCGUAUGAGGUGAAGAACCAGAAGUCUGGUGCUUAUUUGGGAUGUCGAUGCUCAGCCAUCUAUAAACUAUGGACAGCUGCUAAACUGAAGAACAAUAAUGAAGAGAAGAGAAGAAGUUAAAAACGAACUGCCUUCUGAUAGUGGCUGUCUUUAUUUACCUGGUGGGAGAGCAGAGCACUGCCGUAUUAGCAACGCCUUUGAUUCCAUUUCUUGUUUCUUUAUCACCUGGCCAUUGGGAACAAUUAUCAGUGCCAAUAUAGCACCUUUCACUUUUGUGGGAAGUAAAAUGAACUUCUCUUUGUGGCUCAACAGCAGUCCUCAAAGAUGAGAAUUGAUUUACUCUGAAAUAAGUCCUUUUUGGUCCUCUUUCAUUGACAAGAAGGCGCUUCCAGUGAGGGAUAUUAUAGGGGAAAGUAGAGGGAUCCUUCAGACCUGCUAUCCUAAAGUUGAAAAAUGUGAGGAGAAUCACUUAUUUACAUAAACUGAUUCUACAUUUAAACUAGUAUAUUUGCAUGAUGCUGAUAAAUUAAUAAUUUCAGCUCACUACUACUACUACCUCUGUUACUAUUGUUUACACACACAGCCUAUUUAGAGACAAAAGGUAUAUGCUCCUGUUCCUGUUUACGCUAUGCGCAUGGGUAGUUAAUGAGCAUGCCUUUGAAAAGCAUGCCCUUAUGGUUCCCCCCCCCCCUUGAAGAGAGCUCAUUAUGAUCAGU